UCGUGCCGACCGCCGCAUUGUAAUUCGCACACGGAGUGCUCAGUACGGAGUACGGACGUCUCAUCCGACCGACAUGGUUCGCUGGGUAUUUUUGGACGACCUUAUAAUACCUUUUCUAUUAUUCUUCAUUUUUUGUUUUAUCCUUUUCGUUGUUUUUUUAUUAUCACAAUCCCGACGACCUAUACCAGAGCUACAGCAAUUUUUAUCGUCGCAGUUAUCCACUGAUAGCGAAUCCUCUUCGUCCAAUCAAAGCGACUCUGAUUAACGCGUAACAACAACAACAAUAACAAAUCAUUAUUGCUCGUCGGCCGUGUACACUGUACUGUCAACAGUCAAUCCCACACACGAACCGGCCACAGUUUUCGUCCAGGCCGUCCGCGUCCGGACAUGUGCCGCGGCUGUCGUCGGAGACCACCGCAAAUCGUCCCAGGACGCGAACAGGGGCCGGUGGCAGUCCGGAGCAUCCCGUUGUGGCCCGCGUCGGCGGCGGCCGCGCGUUGAACAGCACCACUACUUAAGAGAAUAUCAAAUGAAAUAUUGUGUAGCUGAUAAUUUUAAUACAAGCGAUUAAAAAAUAUUACUAUGUUUACCAACACUGAAUCUUUAUCGUCGACUUUACCCAGAGUCAAAACCAAGGAAUACGACGAUGAUGACGUUGUAAAUAGUAUCACGUGUUCAAAGUCUUUAGACUGCCAAAAUAAUCGCAAAAGUUGGCCAUUAUCACAGGUGGUGGAAUGUGUAACAUUUGGAGCCGUAUCCCACAUUUCACCACCUAAAAACGAAAUGGAAACGGACAUAGUUGAUGGAAUGCCACUGUCGCGCCAUAAUGGCUGUGUAACUGUUUUUCAGGACGAUCUACAAUUGAAUUGUAACGGCAAAACCUAUUUCGAAAGUCCAACAAAUAACGUAUUGAAAAUCGUUUUACCUCUAGUCAGUGAAAAUGUGCCAUUGGAACAGGACGAGUGUGAUAGAAUGUUAUAUGAAGACUGUGACCAAAGCAAUAUCCACGUGCAAUAUUAUCCCACCUACUGUGGGGAUUCCUCGGUAAACGUAAUCACAAACGUCAGUACUUGUAGUAGCAGAAAACCAUCUUUGCUGGACGAAGCUGAACUGAAUAGAUUUAGUUCGACAUUCGAAGACAUUAAAACGUUACUCAAAGAAGGUUUGGUAGAUGGUCUGGACGAAAUGCCACCAGACUUCCAGCCUCCGAACCCUCCUAAAUUGUAUAGAGUAUCAUCGUUACCAAAUAUUCUAAGUCAUGAUAGUACAAAAAACCAACAUUCUUAUUUGACAAUGUGUGCAACCAAACACGAAUUAUUAAUGAACAAGCUCACCAAGAACUCUGUGACAAAACAAGACAUGUCUGUACAAGUGUCUACCGAAUUAUUCAAAAACGAUAAUAAUGUAAAGAAAACGCUUCGCGACAUGAGUUGUCAAACUGAAGAUAUUUUUGUGAACAUAGAAGUAAACACUAAUCUGUCCACCAAAGAUAUUGUCAAUAAAGACAUACUCCCGGAAGGUAUUGAAGGUAACAACGUCAUCACACCAGAAAGAGAAGUAGACAAUGUUUUAUUAUUGCCUAAAGAAAUAGAACAAACAAAAAUUUUACUUAAGGAAGUCGAACACAAUUUGUUACUUAAAGAAAUCGAAGAAAACAACAAGCUGCUUAAGGAAGUUGAAGAAACCAACAUAUUGUUGUAUGCAAAAGGCAAAGGCAAAGUAAUUGAUAAACAAGUUGAAAAAAACUGCAUGUCACAAAAAAAAGCCGAAGAUUUAGAUAUUUUGCAGAAGAAAAUUGAACAGAUUGUCUUGCAUGGUAGUGAGCAGAUUAUUAACACAUCUCUUAAAAAAGUUCAAGAAAACCACACUGUACCAAACAAGACAGAAGAUGCUGUUUGUUAUACAAAUUUGAACACAUUUAACAAAGAUAUUGAACUCAAAACCAUUGAUGAAGACUGUGCAAACUAUGCAAAUGCUAAUAUUUUGGAAGAAUUUGUAAACGAACAAUUGAGCUUAAAUAAUAUUGAUGGAGAUUUUGAUUCAUUUUUAUUUGGACCAUUACCACCAUCGCCUGUCGAAGAAAUUGUUCCGACGUUACCAAAAUUAAAAAGUGCUGAAUCAAUAAAAGAAAUUGAAGCAACACAAGUUCCAUUUGCUUUUAACCUUUAUAAAAACGAGCCGAACAAUUCAAUAAUUAAGUCUCGAUCCAUUGAUGCAGAAUUUUCACAAAAUUUUCAGCAACAUCAAAAAAUCGGAACACGAUCUGUCCAAUCAGAAAGAAGAACUUACCCGUCUGAACUUCCAGUUACAGAUGAAUACCCAAGACCCCUACAAUAUAGAAGUGGUGUUCACCCCAGCACCAUUGAAAAAUUAUCAGACAUUUCAAAUUCAUUGCCUGACACACCGCUAAUGGGCCGAUGUGAUUUUCCACGUCAAUACUCUGGAACUAGUACUAAAACUAUGUCUCAAAUGACAAAUAGCUUGAGCAUUAACAUGAGAGGUGCUGGACACGGAUCUAGUAUUGGUUUAGGUCAAGCUAUGGCUGGGGCCGAGUUAUUGCACUUGAAUGGUCCCGGCAGGGGAUGGUACCCACGGCAGCGACAGUUUCGGCCCGUAUCGGUGGAACAGCUCGACAAACUAGCAGCGUGCCAAAGUCCAGUGGGACAUUCUCAAUGGGCGGCCGGAGAUAGACAUAAACCCGUCACGUUGCCUCCUAAUCUUUCACCAAAAUUCUUCAACCGAUCUCCGAGAGAAGCGCUACGUCGCGUUACUAGUUUGCUAAUUCGUAGGGGUAACACAAAUAAAAAUAACAAAACUAAAACGGUAUUUGCUUCUUCAGUGAUCGGCCCUCACGGUGAAAUAAGUGAAGAAUGUGAAACCAGUCAGUCAAAACGUGGAUUUUUCAAAAGUUUGUGGAGAAAAUAAGACUUUUUAACACUUGCAAUCAAAUGAUAAAGCUAUAAGUUUUCAUCUGUGUCAAUUAAAAUGUUUAUGGAUCGAUAUCGAUCACGUGUGUUCGUCAACAGUCACAAACAAACUGUUGGAAAAAUGCAUAAUGCACAGUAUGCUUACUGUCAGUAAUAGAGUAAUGUUGCUGAACUUUUGAUGGGUCUUCGGCCGUGUUCUCGGAUGGAUAAUCGGUAGUAAAUACACCUUCUGCUUGACAGACGGAUUGGGAAUUGAUUACCGUCACUAUGU